CACCUGAUUCAGCUCAUCAUCAGGCUCUGCAGAAGCAUGACUAUGACAGUCAUCGAAGGCAGGUGUGUUUGAGCAGGGUUAGAUUAAAUAAAUGCUGGACAGUGUGCCUCGAGGACCAGGGCUAGGAAACAGUUGAGUAAAGGAUGCAGAAGACAGGGUUAGAUGGAGAAAGCGGAUUCGCUGCGGCGACCCCUGAAGGGAAAACCCGCAAUGAAAAGAAGAUGCGUAAAAGAGUCGUUAAAACGAGAGUACCUCUUAGCCAUCGGAAAUCGGUUAUACAGGACAUAUUCAUUUAUUGUGAGUUCUGAAAGUUACAGGGGAUAUAUUUUUCGUUCGGCUCCUUUGGAUGUUCGCCAGAUGGGGAGGGAGAGCUCCUUGCCAACAGCUUGGAAGGAUUUAAGGGAUGGGAGGGGGUUUGGUUGAAAGGAACAGACAUAAUUGAGAACUGAGGUGGUCCAGUUGGAUUCGGCCACCUGUAUCUGCGCAAGUUAAGACGGGGAGUGCUGUCUCCCCUCUCGUCUGGGAUUACCGCCAGGCAUAGACUGCGAGAGGAGAGAGCAGCGCGUGGUCUCAUGUCACUGUUAGAAAGGUGCGCGUCUCCGACGGAAACCGUUAUGAUAGUGAACGGUAAAAUUUCACUUUUAACUCGCAACACCGCUGGAAUCUACCAACAAGCGCAAAAAUGACGACCGAGAUUCUGCAGCAGCAUUUGGAUCCGUCGGAUCCUGAGCGCUCCAGACCAGCUGAGAGCGCAGCUCUUCUAGAUGCUCACCGGGGGAUGGAGAGCGCCCAUGACGCAGCAAAAGGAAAACGAGGAAGUUCAGGUAUGAGGCGCCCAGAAAAGCCUCCAUACUCUUAUAUUGCUUUGAUUGUCAUGGCAAUACAAAGCUCUCCGUCCAAAAGGCUCACGCUGAGUGAGAUCUAUCAGUACUUGCAGGCCAGAUUCCCCUUCUUUAGGGGGGCAUAUCAAGGAUGGAAAAAUUCCGUUAGACACAAUUUGUCCCUGAACGAGUGUUUCAUAAAACUUCCCAAAGGACUGGGCAGACCCGGUAAGGGGCAUUACUGGACAAUCGACCCCGGCAGCGAGUUCAUGUUCGAAGAGGGCUCUUUUCGUCGCAGGCCAAGAGGCUUCCGCAGAAAAUGUCAAUCUUUCAAGCCUCUGUACAGGAUGGUGAAUGGCGUCGGUUUCGGUGCUGCGAUGGUGCCGCAGAACUUUGAUUUCCAAACCCCCUCUGGCUCACUGGGAUGUCAUACCAGCUACAGUUUAGACUUGAUGGGCAACACGGUUCCCAGUGGCUUUGAGGGACUCGGAGGAGGAUACCACUGCCAGCAUGUGUCCUCAAACUCAGGGUCAAACUACAUGGCUGCGUGUCAGGCGGUCUCCAACUCAGACUAUGGUCCGGACUACAGCAGCAGCCCCCAGCAGUCCUCCCCAGCGCUGGACGGCCAGUCGUCGUAUGCAAACGCAGCCUCUCAGUGGAGCACACCGGGACUGUCCUCAUACAUCAAACAAGCACCUCUGGUUCCGAGCAGCCCAGACGCCGGGGCCGUGCACGCGAGCGGGUCAGGUUCCUCUUUGGAGCAGAGCUAUCUGCACCAUCACGCACGAGAUUCAUAUGAAAGCACAGUGGGAUUGUCCCGAUAUUCCAGCCACGCCACUGCUCCUGCGCGCGACAAGGAGUUAGUUUUCAACCUGAAUGGGAUCACCUCUCUUCAUCCCGGCACUGCAGGACCAUAUUAUCACCAACUUUAUCAUCAUCACCAUCAUCAGCACCAAAGCGUGUAUCACGAUGUGAAGCCUUGCGUCAUGUGACAGGGGCAAACACAAGCCAACGCCAACAGACUCUUUCCCCGUGUGCGCAGUAAUGAAUGCAAACCUGCUUCCGGUUGGAUAACGUGGGAAAGUUUCACAAGGACUUCAUGUAAAAGCAAAACCCUGUCAAUGUGUACUUUUGGUUUUACUGUCUUUGGUUCCGGUUUGUCAGAAACACUUGUAAUUAAUGAGAUUGAAGUUUUUAAUGCUAUGUCGGAAAAUAAACAUUUCCUUAUUCA